CAGCGACAGCGCUUUAUUCUGCGAGUACCAAAAGAAUUUUACGUGAAGCUCCGAGCUGCUAUUACGCUGAUUGGAGACUACCAAGGAGUACCGUGCAAUUUCCAGGUGAAGAAGGUAUCGCCGGUUUUGUUCACAUUGGUAGAAACUCAUUUUGAUUUCGCAAGAGAGGCAGCGUUCGCUUGAGCCAUGUCGUUGUGCAAAAGCUACGGAAAGGAUAAGGUUAUCUUUGCCACCAAGGAGGACCAUGCCACCCCAAGUAAGGUGGAGCUGCCGGACUCGGAACCGCGACCCGGUUUAAUAUUGGAAAAUGGAGAUAUCAACUGGAACUGUCCAUGCCUUGGUGGAAUGGCAAUCGGUCCGUGUGGUAACGAGUUUCGAGAAGCAUUUUCCUGCUUCCAUUACAGCCAAGCUGAACCGAAGGGAUCGGACUGCUACGAAGCGUUUAGCACGAUGAACGAGUGUAUGCGGAACUAUCCCGGUGUGUACAAACAAAACCUCAACGAGGACGAAGAGGACGAGAAUGGGGCCGGUGUGGCGAGCAUGAUAGCGGACGAAGGCGAGGAGGAAGAUGACGUCGAUGAUGUGCCGGUACAAGCGAAAAGCGAAUCGAAUGCGGUAGCGACAAAAGCAAAGUAAUUUGUAUUACAUACAUAGAUAAUAUACGUGUGU